GUCUAGACCUUCCAGCUCGGGAAGGUCAGCAUCGGGAAUUGAGGAUGAACUCCCAAAAAGUUCCACGGACUGGUCAUGUACCAACUACCUGUCCAGUGCUCACCAUGUCCGUCAAAUCAAUCACGUCUCAUAGCCAGUUCAUCUCCAUCAUGAUGGAAGAGGGGAAGACUACGAUCGUAGACUUCGAAUCUGAAAGGUGUCCUCAUUGCAAAGCCAUCGCCCCCACCUUUGAUGAGCUCGCAAGCAAGUUCUCGUCGGACAAGAUCGAAUUUUACGUCAUCAACGCUGAAAAACUCGACGAUGUCAGCUUUGAAGUUGGUGGCAUAACGAGCUAUCCUACAUUCAUCGCAUUCAAGAACGGUAACAAGAUGGAGGAAUCUACGUUUGGUGCUGCUCGCGAGAGGCUACAGAAAUUUGUGGAGAAAUACUGUUUACCUUGAAAUCACAUCAUUUAUCGCGCAUUGAGGCUGGUCCUGACUCAGGGAAUUGAUGAUGCUCUUCAUAAUUUCAUCUCACUCUCCUGGCGGAGACACAAAGGGACACAUCAACAUGAUUUUGAAUUGCCUAGAUCAUGUACCGUUGUACAAAUGUCCUCUUCUGUAGGUCUCGCUAGGAGACCUAUAAUAAGUUUGAUCUUACGGGGAAGUGGCAUUUUUGUAGUGACGGCGAAACACUUUGAGAAGUUUGGCCAAUCGAGGAUCAAAAUUGAACUGACAAAACAGUUUCAGCAAGCAAGG